AUGACUUGGUGUGCGAAAAUUUACGAUAUGUUUAAUGGAUGGAAUGAGGAAGAAAAUAAAUCAUCAUUAUCAAUGAAUAAUCAUCAAGAAGAUACAUUGAAUAUGAAAGAAAAUAAUUUAGAUUUUUAUCGACAUAAUAUAGAAGAUGAUACUACAACAGUUAUUCAACAUGACAGUCCAUUUCUUGAAAAAUCUGAUUCAUUAGCAACUACACAUUUAACAACUAAAGAAUUGUAUAACAAUGAUUAUUUAUAUGGUCGAGAUUAUCGUGGAGAACAUAUUUGUGCUGAUACACUUUUUUCAUGUCAUCAACGUGAUGGGCAAUAUUAUUACAAUCCCGAACAUAGACCUUAUGGUAUAGCAACAAUUUCAAAUAUGUCACUCAAUCUUCCAAAGUUUCUUGGGAAUACAGAAAAUAUUCAACAACAAUUAUCACGGAGUUUUUCACUGGAUUUACCAAUGGAUUUCAAACGAAAUCAUUUUACUCUACCAAAAUUUGAUGAUAUGUCAUCUCAUGUCAGAUAUUCAACAAAUCAACAGCUAAACAGACAAUACGUUAAGCCAGAAAAACCGAAUCGCUUAUCAUUGAAUCUUGGUAGUAAAAAUAAUAGUCAAGUUUCAUUACAAAACCGACAGGAUUCGUUAGGUUACAGAGUUUCAACACGUUCAACAUACUCGGUACCAGAUAAUGAAAGUAAUGAAUUACAAUCUCGUAAUAAUGAACAAAUCGAACGAGCAGUUCAAUAUUAUGUAAAAGAAAUGUUAACUUCAUCACCCGGUGGUGUUUUUCCAAUGAUUUAUCGUUUACCAUCUAAUGAGAUGUUAUAUGGUACUGAUCAUUAUCGUGUCGAAGGUGGUUAUGGUGAACCAUCACAAUGGAAUUUUCAAACAAAAAUUCUUCCGAUUGAUUGUUAUUUAACAUCAGAUAAUAUUGCUUCAAUUUAUUCAAAUGAUUUUUAUGAACAAUAUCAUGUUAAUUUAUAUGCAAUUGAUAAUAAUCUUAAUCCAAUUGUUAUGUCAGUAAAACCUCAUGAUGAACAAUUGAAAGUUAUUAUACGUACAAAAGAAGGUUCAAAAUGUAUGAAUUUUAUUGAAAAUACAACAAAUUCAACAGAUUAUGUUAAAUUAUCAAAACAAGUUUAUCCAAAUUUAAAUAUUGAUUCCUUUGAAAAUUGUACAAAUUUAAAAGCACACGGAUGUAUUAAAUCAUAUGAUGAAAAAUUAGAAACACAAAAAUUUAAAUUUGGAGUUAUUUAUCAACGAAGAGGACAAACAACUGAAGAAGAAUUUUUUAAUAAUCAAAAUCAUCAUCGUUCUUUUGAAGAAUUUCUUGAUAUAAUUGCAACAAAAGUUUCAUUAAAAAAUUUUAAAGGUUAUCGAGGUGGUCUUGAUAUAAGUGAACAAACUGAUUCACCAAUAUCUUAUUAUGAAUGUUAUGAUCAAAAAGAAAUAAUGUUUCAUGUUAGUACAUUAUUACCAUAUACACAUAAUGAUACAAUACAAAUUCAACGUAAACGUCAUAUUGGAAAUGAUAUUGUUGCAAUUAUUUUUCAAGAAGAAAAUACACCAUUUCAUCCAAGUAUGAUUAAAUCAAAUUUUUUACAUGUAUUUCUUGUUGUACAACCUGCACAAAUACUUUCAAGGCCAUGUUAUAAAAUAAUGCUUAUUGCUCGUGAUGACAUUGAAAACUUUCCUCCUCAUCUUCCAAAAAAUAUUGUUUAUGUUCGUACAGCCGAACAAUUAAAACCAUUUAUAUUAUCAAAAUUAAUCAAUGCUGAAUAUGCUGCAUAUCGUUGUCGAACAUUUUCUUUAUUACAAGAACGUACACGUUGUUCAUAUUUAAAAACUUUAUGUGAAAAUUUAUCGGAUAAAAAUUAUGAAAUAUUAUGUGAUGAACGAAAACGUUCUAGUCAUCGUCGUUUAUCAUUAUUAUCAAAUUCAACACGAAAACGUUAUUUAUCAUCAAUGAAAAAAAUUUUUACGAGAAGUAAUAGUACACCUGAUGGUCCUCGUCAAUCAAUAAAAUCUGAUCAAAUUAAAAUAAAACCAAAUAAAAAAUUAUUACGAUUAGGAAAAUCAAUGGAUAGUGCCGAAAAUCAUCAACGUUUAUCAAUUACAGGCUCAUCACCUGAUCAAGAUUUUCCUCAUGAAAAUGAUCUGACAAAUCGAUAUAUGAAUGGUCGAAGUGAUGAUAGUUUAAAUAGUAGUGGAGAUAUAACAAGUUCAGUCAUGCAGCAUUAUUCUUUACAUUCAAAACAAGUUUAUUAUGCUGAUGAAUCAGAUGAAGGAUUGGAUAGUAUGUCAUCAGCUGAUACAGCUCGUAUGCCAUAUGAUAGUGAUGAUCAAGAUGCUUAUCGACAACAAAUUCGUGAAAAAUCUCAUCCAUCUCAAAUAUGGCCCCUUAUAUCUACCCAACGUCAUAUUUAUACACCACAAACAGCUGGUAUUCAUAUAAGUGAAGAAGCAACUGUUUAA